AUGACAAACAAAUGGGUGAAUGCGUUGCAUGACGAUGCGGCACAGGUGAACACCCUGUAUCCGUGUGUUGGAUUGGGUGAUUUAAGCGGUGAUGGUGAUGUGAAGCUGGUGGUGGCUGAUAUGGGAACGAGUCGAUUCAAUAUGAAGCUCAAAGUGUUCAAAGGAGUCUCGCUGGCAGCCGAGUCGGCGCUCGCUGAACUACCCACGGCUCUUGUCACCUUCAUAAACGAGCAAAACACAAUUCCAUCAGUUGCUGUCGCCUCGGGACCCUCGUUGUUGAUCUACAAGAAUUUGAAGCCAUUUUAUAAGUUCACUGUUCCAAGCACAAAGAUCAAUGAGGUCGAGGAAGAGGCAUGGUCGAAAGCCGGCUCACAAGAACUCUCCACAGAACAAUUGACAACCGUGCUCAGCAAUUUGAAAGAAGAGAUUUCGCUCAAAGAAUUAACCCCGAUUUCACAAACUUAUCUGCUAUCCGACGACGAGGAUCGACCCGGUCUCAUACAACGCUUUGCCGCGAGAUCUUUACAGAAUUCGAGUCCAAUCACAUGCCUCUCGACGAUCAAAAAGAACAGUGUCGAUGUGUCUCCAUUGGAUGUGUUGUUGAUCGGCACGGAAAAGGGACAAAUUUACGCGCUCGACUCGCAGGCUUUUGUUGUGAUCUCAACUUGUCAACUCCCGGGUACACCAGUCUUCAUUUGUCCUCAUGGUGUCUACGAUGUUGAGUAUAAACUUUUCGUGACGACAAGAGAGGGGCAAAUUUUCGCCAUCAAAAGAGAUGUAAUCAAGUGCGAGAAGCCGAUCAUCACCACAAAAGCCGACAUUGUCGGCAUAACGAAAUUCGGGAAAAUGCUAGCAGUGGCUUGUGCGGACAAAACGCUAACUUUCUACUCGUUCAAGGGGAAACGGCAAAAUCAGAUCAAACUGCACACACCAAUCCGUGGAAUCGACUCAUUUUUCUAUGCCCCAAAGCAAUACUCGGGCGUGCUGGUGGCUUUGGAUCAUCAGGUCCGAAUCUACAAUGACAUGUAUCAGUUGGAUCAACUCCGAGUCGAGCCUGAGAUUCGAUGGAUCCGUUAUGGGGCAUUUGGAAGGGAAGAGGGCGGACUGAUCAUCGGGAGUAAAGAAGGAGGACUCAUCGUGAAACUGUUUCGUCGACUGGCAAAGCUCGACGAGAAAAUCGAGAUCAACGCUCAGAUUAGUGCUCAUAACAUCAAAUUGAACAUCCCAAAAAAGACAAAAGUUUUCGUCGAUCAAACGAUGCGCGAACGUGAGAACUCCGCGCAAAUGCAUCAGGCCUAUCAACGUGAUCUUUUCAUGUUGAAACAUUUGACCACGCAAACGUUUUUCGAUUUAUCAAAAUCCUCGUUGAGUUCGGUGUCGAUUGGCACAAAAGAGGCUGUGGAUAUCACGGUCGAGGUUCACGGCUUUGGUCCGGUAUUCCGUUUAACGGUGAAGCUCAACUGUAGCUCGAAAGCUCCUCUACAAGAUGCAUGGCUAUCAUUUGUCUAUGAUCCGGUGAUGUAUCGCUUUGAGACAUCAUUGAUUCCUGUUUCCUAUGUGGUUCCAGGGAAAUUCUACACAUUUUUCACGGAUGUCGAGUGCCUUCACCCGGAAAAGGGAACCUCUUCUGAAGUGAGGGCCUUGCUGUGCAGAGCGAAUCGAUCGACCCCAAUCGUUACUACGAUCAUCUCGAUGCCGAUUUCUGAGAUGAGUCUACUCGAU